GGCGAUGUUCCGGCUCACUAGCCUGCUUCGUCUGAACUGUGCUGAUCCAUUUCGCUGCUUGACAGAGCAACGCGAUCAAUAUGGCCAUCGAUGAAAUCAACUCCAGAAACGACCUGCUGCCCGGCAUUCUUAUCAAAUACAACGAGUACUCUUCGUUUGACCAGCAAGGCUCUCAGGGCGGACAGGCUGUCCUGGCCGCAGUGCAAGCGGUUAUCACAGACUCGAUUCACGCUGUGAUCGGCGACUGGAGCAACGACCCCACUAGCUACGAGGCGCUCCUGGCUGGCCGUUUCAACAAGCCAUACUGUGCCCCCGUUGCGGACUCGAACACGCUGUCCACCAAGAGCACCUACACUUCCUUCUUCCGAAUGCUUCCCCAACAAAGUGAGAAGGGCAAGCUGAUCGCCGACUUUGUAAAAUCGAUGGGCUGGCAAAAGGCCUUCAUUAUCGCAACGGCGACCACCUAUGACGACUACGGAGCGACCUAUGUCUCAGACCUGAUCACGCGUUUCAACCAGACAAACCUCCCCGUUCCAUCGUCGACCUUUUUCAUGGAAAAGGGCAACUCCUCGGAUCUCUCGGUGCAGCUGAAUGCGAUUCAAGCGAGCUACUGCCGCGUCAUCAUCGUGUGUGCGGCCAUCUUUCCUGCCUCGGUGCUGUAUGCUGCCGCUAUGCAGGCCGGCUUGACGGGUCCUCAGUAUGUGUGGAUUACCACGGAUGGUAUCUACAACGCCGCGCAGUACCAGCUUUACAUUCCCAGCAACCAGAUGCCGACCUCACUGCAGUCGGUUCCUACAAGCGACAGCAGCAUCAACGCUCAUUUCAGACUCGAUGGCCCCAUCAACCUGAUCCCCAGCAACCCUUUGUUCAACUCCUUCUUGACUCGAUGGAACACGCGUACCAACAUCCCCCUUGAUGUCCACAACGUUGCUGUUCCGGCGUAUGACUGUGUCUAUGGCCUAGCCUAUGGCUUCCAGUCGCUGAUCAACACGACCCUCAACGGCAAUGCCAGCAGCUUCUUUGUGGGAGCCGAUCCGAUGGACAACGUGAUCUCCGUCAACACCACUAUCAUCUUCAACACCAGCUUCCCGAGUCUCAAGGGAGCAUUCACCUUUGACGUGAACGGAAAUCUGGUCUCCAACCAAGUCAACAUUAUCAACAGAUUCCAGGGAGUUGACACCGUCAUCACGCAGCUGUCCGUGCCGUCCAACAACCCCCUGGCAGCGAACAACUCUCCUAUCAUCGCAACCAUUGCUCCAGCACAGUUCUCUCAGUCCGGCUCCUUGACGGCCACCGCAACGGUUCCCGCCGACUUUCCUCCGAACCUCCCUAUCAACGAAACCUGGGUGUCGGGCGUGUGGGCACCCAUUCUCGCGGUGAUCGGCAUCCUGAUGUCCUUGAUCACGGCCGUAUUGUUCUGGGUGUACCGCACCCGCCCGGUCAUCAAGGCGACCAGUCCGCUCUUCUGUGUUUACCUCCUUGCUGGCAUCGCCCUCGGAAACGCCACCAUCUUCCUCUACAUUGGCAUCCCCACCAACAGUCUCUGCCGCGCUCAGCCGUUUGUCGUCACAACUGCCUUUGGCCUUGUAUUUGCCAACUUGCUAGCCAAGACCUAUCGUAUCUACCGUAUCUUCAACAACCCAAAGCUCCAGAACAUCACGAUCAGCGAUCUGCAGCUCACAGGCAUCGUUGGAUCGAUUGUGUUUGUCGAAUUGAUCAUCUGCACCAUCUGGGUCAUCGUUGGCCCUCCAGUCGCCACCAGCAUCACACUGAGCCCCGUCAGUCAGUACUGGACGUGCAUGUCCGUCGAUCCCAACAUCAACACCAUCUUCGUGGCCGUUCUGCUGGCUUUCAACGGAGUGCUGCUGUGUGUCACCACGUAUCUCUCCGUGCUGACCCGCAACGUCAUGAGCGCAUACAACGAGUCCAAGUUCAUUGGUCUCUGUGUCUACAACGUUUUUGCUCUGUCGGCACUCUUCCUGCCCUUGAUCUAUGCCGACAUUUUGAUCCCCUCGCACUUUAUCCUGCGCUCGGUCGGCACUCUGCUCGCGACCUACACGACCCUGGGUCUGCUGUUUGCUCCAAAGUUGUACGUGCUCUUUGUGAAUAUGAAGCCCGGCGUCGAUGGCAGCACCCUCGGAGCCAGCAGCACGGGCAAGAAGGGCCAGCUCAGCUCCAAGGCCUCCACCAACUCAGAACACGCCGCCAAGGACGUGAUGGUCACCCGGUUCCCCAAGAUCCCGAUGCUCAAGAUUGUGCCGAACUGGUUCCUGUCGCUGUUCUCCAAGUGGGAGGAAGUCGACAUUGCCUUGAUCCCAAACAACGUUGUUCUCAUCCUCCAGACUGGGAAAAAGUCCAGCAUCAUCAACCUGCAAAACUCCAAAUCCAAGCUGAUUGCCGACACCGACGAAGGCUACAUCCUCGAGCUCACCGUCAAGAGCGGCGAGAGCUUCAAGUUUGAGCUCAAGAAUGUGUCCCAGGCCACCGCCUGGAAGGAGUUCUGCAAGACGGCCGACAAUGCCGUCGUUAUCGGUGAACUCGAUGCCAAGGAUGCCAGUACCGCAGCGCUCUGAGCUUGGCCGAGAAGCCCACCGAUCGAACAGCUGAAACAGACACCAGUCCCAGUCCCAGCCGCGCUCUCCAGUUACAUCUUCAGACAUUUCCUGCAGUUGAUAGCUCAGACAAUUUUCAUUGCCCAUUUCAGCUUUAUUAUCGACCCUUUUCUUCUCUUUCGAUAUGCCAUCGUGCCAUCUUGCCAGCUUGAUCAUGACCCCCCAAGUCCGCGCUGCCUCUGGGUCCAGAGCCGUGAGCACACAGAUUCAUCCAGACCGAGUUGCCAUCCACUUCGCAUUACAAUACACAUACUGGGUUCGCGGCUGU